AUGAAUUGCAAUCAUCACAUAAAAAAUCCAAUAUCAUUUAUAUGUGUUGCACCCCAUAUAUGUUCAUGCUAUAGGAAAUUGUGUGCCGAAUGCCAAUACGACCAUGGAGUUAAUGUUAAACAAACAAUUCCGAUAAAUAAAUUUUAAGAUAUGGCUAUCAAGAAAUUAAAAGAUUCCAAGCUUGAUGAGUCUUCUGAGUUAACAAAAUAGAGAAUUGCUUUUAAAUCCUUGAUCUCUAAAACCGAAUUAAUGCUCAAGAAAAUUUGGGAAGAAUUAUCACAAUCAAUCAAGUAAGGAUAUGAUUGGAUUGAAAAGGAAAAUUAAUCAUUCCUGAAUCUCAUCAACGAAAAUACUAAUUUAGCAGAAUCCUCCUACAAUGACUUAGAAAAAUUAGUUUAAAUUUUUGAAAGAACAACUUUAAACGAUUGGAAUGAUCAAAAAAAAUAUUAUUUAACUGAAUUAGAUAAGAUUAAGAUUUGGUGGGACUAUCAUAUAAAGGCUUUUAUCGAAAAGUCGAAGGAAGGAAUCCAAUUAUUUUAAUCAAUAAUCAAGUAAGUAAUUAUAUAUACUAAAGGAUUCAAACUUAUGAAUGGAAAGAAGAUUUAUAUGAUAUUAUCUCUUAAUCGAAAUAUAUUGAUACAUUGAUAUUUAGCCUGAUUAUUAAGAUCUUAAAUAAAGAAAAAAUUUCUGAUAGUAUUGGAUUCUUCGAUUAAAAUGAUAAUCAAAAGCUUUACUAAUAAUACGAAAAUGCAGAAGUGAAUUUAAGAGACAUGUUGUGGUCCAUUAAGUAACUUAAAAAAUUGAUGAAUAAUCUUAAUCAACAUGAAUUUAGUUAAAAGGAAUACUCGAUUUAUGGAUACCAAAAAAUUAGAUAAAAUCUUAUCCAAAAAAUAGAUUAAGAUAAGAAAAUCAUAGAAUUUUUAAAAUUCUUGGUUCACCUCACAGCUUUUGAUAGUAAGUUUAUUUAAUGUGGAUCAAAUGCACUGAAUCUAUUGGUGGAGAUNUACAUAUUGAAAAUAUAGUUAAUAUUAAAGAUCAGAUGA